AUGGCCGCAGUAGAUUGCAUUCUGAAAUUAGGAGGCAGCGCAUUGACGCAGAAAAACCAGCUGGAGACGCUGAAAACGGAGUCUGUGCGGAGGGCGGCUGCUGUUGUCUCUAAGCUCUGGGAGGCUGGAGAAAGACGGUGCAUAAUCGUGCACGGCGCAGGGUCCUUUGGGCAUUUCCAAGCAAGAGAACAUGGUGUUGCCUUGGGGACAUCAGGAAGAUCAGCUGCAAGUGACAAUUUGAGACAAGGGCUGUGUUUGACCAGGCUUUCUGUCACCAAGUUGAACCAUUUGGUGACAGAACAAUUGAUUAGUGUUGGAGUUCCAGCAGUGGGGAUUUCGCCUUUUGGAACCUGGAAAACAGCAUGCAAGAAUGUCACCCAGGCUGGCAUUGAUGCAGUGAAGGAUGUUCUAGAUGCGGGUUAUGUCCCUGUAUUACAUGGUGAUUGUGCCCUGGACUCGGAACAGCACUGUUGUAUCUUAUCUGGAGAUACAAUUAUUGAGAUUCUAGCUAAGAAAUUCUCUCCUAGGCGAGUUGUGUUUCUCACAGAUGUGAAUGGAAUUUACAGUUGUCCACCUGAUACUCCAGGUGCCAGGCUGGUGGAUUCCAUUGUCAUUGGUCCUGAAAGAACUAUGGAGCCAGCUGUACUCACAUCUGCACUACCACAUGACACCACUGGAGGAGUGUCCUUGAAGCUACAAACUGCCAUAAAUAUAGUUUCUUGGAGUCAUGGAGCCAUUCCUGUUCUGAUCUGCAAACUGGACAGUAAAGCAGCUGUAAAGGCUUGCUUGACAGGGGAACUGAAGGAGGGUGAAGGCACAAAACUCUCUUUUGUGGAUAGGUGAAGCCUUUUGUAAAGAAACCUUAAAUCAUAUGCAGAAGAAUUUCUGGGACAGUAAUAUUCAUAGAUCCCUUACUGUCUUUUUUGUUUGUUUCAAUCAUGUGUGUGUAUUAGCUUUAUGUUAUUUUAUGCACCUCACGAAUUCAAAUCAAAACAUUUUUAUCAAAUUUUUACAAAGCAGUGACAUUUUUAAUAUCAAUGUACAUAUAUUCAUUUCACAUUUAUAUCUUCCUUACUCUCAUAAGGUCAUCUUGGUGGUUGAUUACUGUUUUCAUUACUAGAGUGCUUGAAAAAACCAUAUCAAAAUCUUAACUUUCUUCAGCUAAGUCCAAAUUAUAUGUUCAUUUUCCAUCAAAGAAAUAAAUCUGUCAUACCAUUUUUUCUUCAGUGCCCUUUUUAGAUAUUUCCAAUAUUUUGCUAUUACUAAACUAGCAGCUACUAAUAAGAAUGUUAACAAUGUCUUACUUUUUGCAUAAAUAUAAAUAUUUAUAUAAAAUAUGUAUAUUCUUACCAAAAAGUAAUGAUAGAAGGCAACCCCCCAAAUGCUUUUAUUAUGUAUGAAUUUUUUAACUGGAAUGAGAUACCAAUGGUACUUUUAAGUGUUUCCUGCAAAAUGGAAACCUAGGUAUGGAUAUUUCCAUACUCACUCCCAUUCAACUUUUAGGAUUUGUCUCUCAAAAUCUAAUUCUUGUGUCUUCUUCAAAAUUUUGCAUCCCCAAUUUCUAAUGUUUUAAUAGUUUUUCACGAAUGUACCAUUAUAAUAUAUAUUAAGUAUGUGUUAAGCUCUCAUCUUACUCCAUAUCCAACUAGAUUUAGUUUUUACUCUUCAUCUUAAUUUGAUGCAAGUACUACCACAACUAAUUUCACAGGGCAUCCUGUCACUUGCUCACACUGUAUGCUAUCUGCAUAGUGCUAUGCAUCACUCUUUCAAAGUUUAUGUGAUACCCAUAAGAGGGAGUCAGUAAACAUGUAGAAAAAUGCUACUUAAUCUUUUUAGUUUAUACUGGCAAAAUAAAAACCGUCCUAAAAUAUAUCAAGCAAAUAAUCAUUAAGGAAUAUAUUACCAUUAUUAAGAGAACCAGUUUGGUGUACUGUAGCGGUUAAGGCACCAGGCUAGAAACCAGGAGACCGUGAGUUCAUCCUGCCUUAGGCACAAAGCCAGGUGGAUGACCUUGGGCCAGUCACUUUCUCUAGGAAGGAGGCAAUGGUGAACCACUUCUGAAAUGUUGCCAGGAAAACUGCAGGGACUUGUCCAGAUAGUUGAGAUGAGUCAACAGUGACUCAAAGGGACACACAUACAUACAAAACCCAUUAUUAAAAGUAAGAUCUUGUAAUCAAAUUGUUAUAAUGUGAAUAAUUUUAGUUUAGUUCCCAGCCAUUUAGUUUAGUUCCCAGUUUAGUUCUGUUCCACUGGUCCCUUGUUCUUCCCCACUGUUCACUAAUUGUCAUGCCUUCUGAGCAUGUUCAGUUCUCACUGGUUGGUUUGUGAUUUUUUUCUCUUUGGUGGAAUAAAUGGGUGCAUGCUACUGUCAACAAAGCUAAUGUGGAAGAGGAGGUAAUAUUUAUAUAUUAGUCCACUGGACACCCAGGAACUCUUAAGUUAGAAAGGGUUCCAUUCUUGGUCUGAUCUACUUUUUUCCCCUUUCUCCUUUCAUUUGAUCUCCGUCCUCUCAUUAAUUGUUUCUUUAUGUGUGUGUUUAUGCACAUAUAAUAUUUCAGUAAUUAAAUAUGAUCAGAUGCCUUGCAGAUCCUUUGGUUCAUCUCUUGGCUGAAUUUGGGAUAAUAUUUUAAUUAAUGAAUAUAAUAAGUUAAAAACGAAUGUGUACAUUUUUAUAUGAAACAUGGCAUUUGGCUUAGUAAUACUACAGUAUUCUUCCCAAGAACUUAAAGAAAUGGUACAAUGUGUAGGGAAAUCCUUGGGAUUAAAUUCCUCUACUACACACAAUAAUUUCUUCAGCAGCUACAUCCAAAGGACACAGAAAUCGAUUCAGGAAAGAGCAAUUAAAGGAACUGAGGUCAUCAGAAAAGAAGCUGUGAGAAGUGUCUGAGGGAAGCAAAAAAUGACUGCCUGAACUGCCAAGUUGCUUUUGAGUUCACACAUGGCAUUUCAUUUAAGUCCAAUUAUCAAUUUUUGUGUAUUUCUCUUAAUGGUGUCCAUCUUGGGGUAGGACUGUUACGACUGCUGUUGGUGGUUAUUUAGAUUUAUUCCUAUCAGUGCUUUUAUUGUUCCAGCACAUAAUGAUUUGGACAGCUUAUAUAAACAUAAAAUACAUUAAUUAAAUAUAUUCUUACGGAA